AUGCAUUUACUGGGGAAAACGAAAUGCAAAGUAAUUUCCUCAGAUUCUGAAGUUUCCCUAUCAUCAUCUGUUUCACAACUGUUGGCUCUUCGGCCGUGCAGUAUUACUUCCUCAAAGUUUAGUAAUAAAGAAACCAGGCAAGUACUUGCAAAUUGUUGAUUUAUAUUUUUCACACAGCGUCACCCUCAAUGAAUCAGUUCGUGGUGCUAAUGUAUUCGUUUUCCAAAGCCAACGUAAGCCAGUGAAUGAUGGGUUGGUGGAAACGUUGGCAGUGAUUCAAACUUGCAUGUUGUGCUCAGCAGAACGGAUAACCGCCAUUUUGCCAUGCAUGCCUUACACAUCGUCGCAUCAUGUUUGUAAAAGUUAGCAUGUUACCACUUGCGUUUUCAGGCACAAAAAAGAUCGGUUAAUCUGCGACUAAUUGUUAACCUUUUACGAAAAGCGGGCGCGAAUCAAAUAAUUACGUUGGAAAUGGAUUUCUUCGAUGGUCAACGCCAGCUAAAUUCGCCUGUGGAAAAUUUGAGGAUAGAUGCCGAACUGUGUUCGUGGUUUCGGAAUAACUUUUCCGACCUGACUGAUCACUGUUUUGUCAGCCUCCGCGAGACUACUUCUGACAGGUACGACUGCAACUGUUCCCUAGCGAAAAGAUACACGUAUUCCUCUAUUCUCAGCUGUUUUCUUUUAGUUCUGAGCUCACCACUGGAAGAUUUUAUUUUCCACCAUUAAUUACGACAGUCAUACACAUCAACAAAAAUAUAGUCGUAUGAUAAUCUUGAUUCCAUUAAUAUUCCUUGAGAUUUAUUUUAGACAUGUGUUCGGAUCAACCACAGCUUUUGGUGGAAUAAACUCCGAAACAAAAGAAGUAGCCUUAAUAAAGUUUAUUUCACUUUUAUCUUCGACCAUGCGUUACACUCAUACAGGUGCCUUAAUUUAAUCUGCCUAUCAUCCUUAUUUUAGAGCACGAAAUCUGUCGAAUUCCCUUGAUUGUGGUUUUGGGGUUUUUCGAACGACAUUUUUGGACAGUGAGUCCGGCCCGGGUGGUAAUUCAGCUGGCGGGGCGCAGUUCGAUGGGUGCAUUGAAGGCAAAACUGCUGUUUUAAUUGAAGGAUUUUCGGAUGAUUGUUACUGCCUUUGCGAAGCUGCUAAAAGGCAAGUUACCGCUAUAUUCCUAGGCACUUACCUAAAAUUAAUCUAGCGUUUUAUAAUUUAUCAACUGCCUAACUUCUUACGAGACAGUUAUUUAUCUGUGUCUCUGUCGAUGCGUGUUUGCAGGACUUACACAAAAAGUGUGCCUUAUUUACGCCUGACCGUAUUUUAGGAUUAAAGUUAAUUAUCGGACAGGUCAGCAUUUGUAGUUUAUUUCUGCCAAUAUUCCCAUCAAUAUAUACAUAUUUUGAAAUUUACGGCCGGUUUUAUAUCGUCGUAUAAUAUUUACGUUUGCCAUAAACGUUAAACUGGUUGCGUAAAUGCGUAUUCACGUUGGAAUUUUCAAUAAAGCCAAGUGUGGAAUCUGGUUUUGUCCUGUGAUGAUGGUCCGUCAAGAACAGCCAUUGAUUUAUGGAAGAUUCACGUUUGACAGUUUUUAAUUCGCAAACGUUGCCAAACUUCACGACGCUGCGGUAACCGUGGAUGCAAUUCCUUUUGGCUGUGCAGGAAUACUGUACAGUGAUUUCUUUGACAGAUAUUUUUGCCCUCAAACCAUCCACUUAUUAACUUUCGCUCUUUAGAUAUGGCGGUUGUGCCAAAAUAUCUCAAUUAAAAAUCAACGACUUUUGUAACCAAAAGACAUCUCCCUUUCCACUUUGGCAAGGCGUGACUACAUGUGACUCUUAUUGGCAGGGUAGAAUUACAUUUCAAGUAUCAAUAAGUUGCUUUUUAAUAGUAUUUAAUGCGGCGAACUGAGAAUUCGAGAAGUAUGUGUGUUUGAAUAAAUUAUUAAUAUGGGAAUGAACUAUCCCAAAAUGUACCAAUAUCUGCGAGAUAAGGAAGAAUAAAAACACAAAUUAUUUGUUACCGUUUUUCAAUAUGUCUGCAUUAUAUUUAUGAGAUUGCUUGGACUUCGAAUAGGUCACUUUGGCAAACGUUUUAAGGUCCCAUUUGACUGACAAAUUUCCUUUCGAAUCCAUGUCCUUUCUGGCAUUUCCAAGGUUCCAUUCUGUGUGGUCAAGGACUUUUGCGGAAUGCAUGGAUAUUAGGAGGAAUAGGAUUGUUUGUGAACAAAGUAAAAGUUUUCUUGUAAUUUUUUGAGACUGGUUCCCGAAUUUGUCGUCAGACAUCUCACGCGUUGACGAUACAGCGCUGAGGUCAAAGGUGCACACAUACCCACACGAAGCUCAAGUACUCCGCAGACGGAUCCAUCAGAUAAAACCUAAUAAUUCCUUCGAGCAGAACUUCGUUAGUGCUUUCCUAUCUGGGAUUCUUUACUUGCUCGCCCCGUUUUGCCUUAACGUCAAAUGUAGGGCUCACGGUAGCGGUCGUUUUGUGACCAGGAAUAUAUUUUGAAGGGUGUAUUGACAAAGAGAAUGGAGACUAGGAUGUCCUUUUCUACCUUAUUCGCUGUCGUCAGCCAGAUUUACCAAACCUCUGGUUUGCGGCACCUAAGUUAUGAACCCUAGUCCCUGCGAUUAUAAGGCUUCAGUAAUUCAAACGCCCUAAUUAUUGAAACAUGGGCUUGUUGUUCUGUCGGUUUCCACCAAACAUGUUAUCCGUGAUAGAAGGAUGUUCAUGGACCGAGUUUCGGAGUCUGUUCUUCCCUCUGAGUCGUGGAGCUCAUUGUAAGCACUCAUACACAGUCGCAGUGACUAAUAAUAUAUGUAGGUGAAACUACCAAAAGACUAGUGAAAAUGGAAGGGCUAUUUUUGAACUGUUAGCCCUGGUCGAUCAGCCUUACAUAAACCAAGAUUUGAGCGCACCUGAGCUAAUAACCUGAACAAUAGUGAAUUUGCCGGAUCGCAUCCGACAGGAAUACGAUUCCGCAACUCACUGGCUGGAACGUUUGACUUACUCACCCUUAGUAGGUAAGGGAACUGGGGUUCGAACCUCGGGCGUCGCCAAACCCGAGGUUGGACAUGGCGAGCAGACGAGGGGUAAUAAGUCGGAACUGGUCAUUCUCUUCUCUUUUGUCUUUUCAAUACUUGUUUCAUUAUAAAUCGAUACGCGUGUUCAUGAAGUGAUAAGGCCACUCAGAAAAUCGUAUUGUACUUGUGAAUUUUCAGGUUGAUGAUACCGACCUGGCUUCAGGCGAAAUGGCAAAAGCCAAGUUGUCAGACUAGGCCGGUUGGCGCGACAGAACAGACAGCGAUAGACAGAUAAUUGGUGUAUGAGAGUUGCAGGCACCUAACCACGGUGGGUUUUGGAGUGAAGAGAGAGAAAAUUGUUACGACUCCCUGUGCUGGAGGACAUGGCGAAUAGGUGGGACUGCAGGCGGUUGGAUUAGCGAUUUGAGAUGAAGGCACGGAUCAGUGAGCCGGUGUUGGGAGUUUCAGCUGUGGUUGCUCGUGUCGGGGGAGGGAGUGGCGAGCUAGUGAGAUUGCGCAUGGUCGACCAUGGAUUACCAGCUGUUAGUAGAGGGUGUGUGAAAGUCAAUGAACCGUGCCGCAGACCUUCGUAGUGGGCGUUCAGAUAGACAUGGCGGUUGAUGCUGGUCAUGUUAGAGCGCCACGUUUUGAUGAAUUCUCGCAUCUGCCCGGUGUUAGUCAUCCCAAUUAAAUCAGCGAUCACAAUCAGUUGCACGCGGUUUAAUUGUCGGAAGAUUUUACAGGAGCCCCCACAUACACGGCUCACUGACUUUCCCUCACCCUCUAAUGGCAGCUGAUAAUCCAUGGUCGGCCAUGCGAAAUUUCACUGACCCGCCACUCCCCUCACCUCGACACGAUCAACCACAACUGAAACUCCCAAUACCGGCCCACUAACCCGUGCCUUCAUCUCAAAUCAAUAAUCGCUAAUCCAGCAGCCUGCAGUCCCACUGAUCCGCCAUGCCCUCCAGCAGAGGGGGUCGUAACAGUUCUCCCUUCCUUUACUCCAAACUCACCGCAACUUAGUGCCUGCCCCUCUCAUACACCAGUUUUCUGUCUACUGCUGUCUACCGCCGACCGGUCCAGUCUGACAUUUUGGCUUUUUCUCAUUUCGUAUGAGGCCAGGUUGGUCUCAUCAACCUGAAACUUCACAAGUGCAAUUCAAUUUUCGGAAUGGCCUUUUAUUUUUAUUAAAUAAUUUCGGAAUACGUACUACCGCAGUUAUUUAUUUAUUCAUAUAUUUAGUGUAUUCAUAUAUAUGUACUGCGGCUAAUUUUUAGGAGGACGAAUUGCCGUAAGGUAUAUGGAAAAGGUGACCACUUUUUAAAAAUCAGGACAUAAUAAGUAACUUUAAAAGAAACAUAGUCUCAAGUCUUGUUGUUUUUAUUUUUGGCGAUGGUGAGAAUACGGAGCCUUCGGGCCGCCGUUGCAUGUCAGUAGAGACUUUCGGCUUUUUGUUUUCUCGAAUAAUCCCAAAAAAAUGUGCUAGGUAUUUUAAGGUGUGAAACAUUAUCAAAUUGAGACUGUAUUUUAAAUAUUUUGCCCACCAAAUGUGCAUUGACAAUGGUUGUGUUUCGGAGUUUUAAAGCAAAUAAAUGGCUUAAGCAUGUUGCGUAUAAAACUGUGUCCAAGAAUUAUGUUUUAAAACCGGGUUUGCCUUUAUCUUUUCAGUCUCUCAGAAAUGGGCGCUAGGGCAGUCUAUGCGGUUUGCAUCCACGGCGCAUUUACAGAAGAUGGAUUACGUCGGAUUUCAGAUUCACCAAUAAUUACAACUGUUACAACCAAUUCGAUCGACCAAUCAGAAAACCUUAAAAAAUGUCCGAAACUUUGGGUAAGUAUGUUGUCAUAUGGCAACUCUUACCUGAUAAAUCAAAUUCUUCUCCAUCUCUGUCUGAAAAUUAAUUAAAUUCCGCUUCCCAUUUUGUUCAACCCAACUUAAAAAUCAGCUUUCAGUACUUAACCGGUUGGUUCCCUGCUCAUGGAGCUAUACAGACAACUGUAAGUCGUACUGCGGCAACUAGACCACGGUCAUCAAAGUGAUUUUUAUUUUAACUUAUCAAUCCGUAAGAAAAAGCUCAGGAAUCUGGUGACCCCACGUCUGAUGGAAAACGCGGAACCCAUAGACUGUGGAGUGGCUUCCAGUCAAGAAGUCCAUCUCCUCGGAGGUUUCAGUGUGCCAGUUCAGUUAGAGACAGUGCGGAGUCUUUCGACUCUGAGCUGAUUGCUUUCGCUGUAGAUAACUGGCCACACAGGGCUCCACAAACCUCAUGCAGCACAGAGUUUGGGUAUGGUCUUCAAAUUGAUGAGUGGAUUUAUGCACGGAAACUCCGUGGACAAAAACAACUUUUUGGCCAUUGGCUUUGUCUUGAAUGCUGACUUAAGUGAACAUUGCCCAUCACCAACGAUUGAAGUGUCUGCCUCGAACGCAUUCAAACGCUACUCUUCGGGUUUCUGGCCUGCGACGGUGCACCCAUGCCAUAGAAGCAAACUGGGGCAUUGAAGCUACAUGGAUACCCUUCAGAAGUCAGCUGUCUGGCGCCGACGCUUUUUUCGCGUCAAAAGAGACAGGGUUAUAAGGUUAGACCGAAACGGUUACAUGGGCGUACGUGGUAUAUGUUAGACUAAGGAUUAAUUCCUAGUACGCUACUACGUGAAGUUUCACUUUAGAACGGCUUAAUUCGGCCAUGUCAAUAGUAUGAGCGGAAAGGGGAGGGAGAAUGGAGUUCAUCCAUCGGGGUGCAGUCUCCCCUUUUCACUCGGUAAUCGAGCAGCCGCGUUUUCAACUUUUACGACGUCUGAAAGUUACGACUUUGGCGACUGCCAACUGAUGAAAGAAUUCGACCCCAUCCCCUCCACCCCGGAAAGUAGGGUAAGCUUUAAUGGCUCCUGAAUGUGACCUUUAUGGCAAAUCUCUACGAGUGAAAUGUUCAAACUCUUGCCUACUGUCCAGUUCGUAUGCGUGCAUUUCAAAAAGGCGUGCGUCCAGCCCCGCCGUCUCUGCCCAACUUCGGUCGCAUUUAAUCUGUCUUGACCUCGGUACUCGAUGGGCGUCGCGAGCGAUGAUGAAAUAAAUGCUAUGCAAGUCUUCACCAGUAUAAACCGAUUCGUAUGUAAUUCACUACAACGUCUACGCAACAAAAAUUAUGCUCUUCGAUCAUGACAGAUACAUUAUCUGGCACAUUUGUUCAUAACUUUCAGUUCCUUCCGGAACUAGCAGACGAAAAUGAAUGUUUUCCGGGCGCUUUAUAGUAUGACCAUGCACAUUGGGGACCAAUGUUUCUAUUUUCGUAAUUCAAACAUCCUCAUGUUCGGUAAGACGGAGGACCAAGUUAAUUCCUACACAUCUGGAUUGUCAUCAGAUUCACAUUUAAGAAGAUUUUAGUAUACCUGUUGAUUGGAGGCCUUUGGAUACUAACGCGCAGCAGAAAUCACGCUCAGAGUCAAGUAUUUUUCCCGAGUCAGUUCUUAAGAGACGCCACAUGGGUGGACGGUAAGCCCAAAUUCCAUCGUAUGAGACCUUAAAUUUCUGAACGCUUCUGCUAUGCCAGGAUCAGCAAACCAGGGCACUCGCAGCCUGGUUUGCGCUGGUAGCUCUCUAGUGCUUAGUUCCUUGCCGGUGAAUGAGAAUGGCUGCCCAAUUAUCUUCGUCCCUCUGCUACUGUCGUUCUUUUUAUUGUUGUUAAAAUCCUGAUACUUUGCUGUGUGGUCCAGGGAUGAGACAGCACGCCUAGGCGCGGCUCUGGUCGCGCCAUCCGCCUGCGCCCUCCCCCACCGUCGGUCUUCUUUACCAUUUCUUGACACCGAGUCCAGGUGGGGGGGGGCGUGUGAGAUGCUGUGCACAUACACCACCACUAUAAAUUAAUUCGCGUACAAGUCAUCGUGCCUGCUUUAUCCCUGCCGUGAAGCACACGGUGAACAUCUUCGGGCACGACGGUCGAACUGUCAUAUGACGCCUAAACGGCAAGCCUCUCUUUUUAGACGCUCUCAGGUGUUCAUGGCGCCAAAACACCAGCCAUUUGAGGGGUUGCACUUGCUGUUAACUGUUUCAAACGCUUUUCAUUGCCAUAUGAAGCAUAAUUAAAUAAAGUUUUAAGCAUCCGCGAAAUCGUUUUCAAGAGAAAGUUGCAAACGGACAACAAUAAUGCAUUUACUUACUGAGCACGUUGUCAUGGCUCUUCAUUGUGUUUUUCACGUAUCACUCAGAUUAAGCUUCCUGCCCAACUUUACAUCAAUUCGCCGUAGUGUAAGUACACCGCAUUUGACCGGGAAACAGACUUUACCGAAGUAUACUAUCUUUGACAAGCAUUUAGGCCCAACGAAUACCCGCGUAAAUAGAGGGCAAGUGAAGCCCGCGGAGCUCUGGUUUUCUCAAGCCAUCCUGUACUCCAGAAAGACCUUGUAAGUCGUCACUUGCUCCCGAUACCCGAACGUCUCGAGGAAACAAUCGAACACCUGCUUCACUUACGACGAAGCGUCUUGCGAGUCAUGUAGCUGACCCGGAGAAAAAAGUAAGAACCAAAUACGGCUAUUUUCGCAUUUCCAGUGAUGAAAAGGAACCUGUCCCACCGAAAUCAUGCAGCAUCUGAAGUUCGAACUAUAUGCAAUCGUCCAUAUUCCGUUUGAAAUGGCGUUUGAAACGACGUUGAGAAGGCACAAAACAGUGUGUGGGGCAGCUUUUAGUGCGAAGCAGGGUUUUGACUGCAUUUGCUGAAAUUACGAACAACGUGCAUUAAAACUGUCUUAAAAGUACAUGACUGACUACCACUCCACCCUUCCAGCAACAUCGCACGACGACUAGUCGAGUGGCAUCUACAUCCAUUGAGAGGGUUUAUGCCUACUUUCCCAGUUGCUUUGCCUUACCUUAACCUUCAUUCUGCUCAGGUAUUUCACGUUCGAAUACCCACACGAUAUUGAGUCGCUUCUUUGGAACUGCCCUAUUGCAUCUUUUUGAUUUACCUUCUGAUGACACUGUCUACUCCAUCAGUCUGAAAGAAUGUAGUUUUUCUCAGAGUAUUCCUGUUGCUCAGAAUCACGCGUGUUUAGUUCUGCGCCAACUGACAUCUCCUGUAAAAGAAAACUUUGGAAAUUUUCAGGCGCUCGUCGGUAUAGCCAAACCUCAUCAGUCACUGGCUGAGUCAAGCUUGAGAAAUUGCGUCAGUGAGGUUGCAGCAUGUAAUUCGUGCAUUCGUAUAAUUAUUUAAACGAAUGCUUAGUUCAGUGACGGAGCGCUGAACUCAUCACCUAAGGGCUCCGAGUUACCCGAACGUGGGACUCUGGUGCGGAUGGCUGAUGGCUAAUAAUAGAAGCGAAGAGGCAAGUUCCAAGAAGUAAUCGCGAAGAAGGAAACGCGAUCGCUGGAACAAGAGCUUUAUUAGCCUGACUCUCACUCGAAUCCAUCCUCAGAGACAGAGUCAGAUAAGGCUGGUAAAUUGCUCAGGUGUUGCAGUAUUUAUAGGAUGUAGUUGCUGGGCCGCUGUAUACCUAUCGCAGUUGACAGCUCCCGAGUGCAUCACGACUCGACUGCUAGAGGUGACAACCGCGUGAGCCGCGAUCUGCUGGAGUCAUGGUUUUCCAGUCCUCAGUCAAUCAACAAACGCAAUGACCUCCCCUCACCAUAUUCGGCACUGGGACCUUGUCUAGGCAAAGUAAUUAGCUGCGAGGACAGCGCGCGGAUGACCACUUUUCCUGUGUCAACGUCGGCGAGCAUGCUUUAUCACCUGUCCAGGUGAGCCCUAAUGCACUUGGGAGUUGCCAACUCCAACUACAUCCUAUAAAUACUGCAACACGUGGGCACUUUACCACCCCUAUCUGAAUCUGUCUCCGAUGAUGAAUUCCACUGAGAAGCCGAAACGUCAAGCUAAUAAACCUCCUGUUCCAGCAAUUGUGUCUCCUCUUUCUCGACGGCUAAUAAGCCAUACCUAACCAUCACAGUCUCAAUCCUCCCCAUGGCGUUUAUUACGAGUUACUUUGGGGCCAAAGCCAUUAGUGAAGCAGCAUGCAUGUCCGGAUUCAGGCAUUAUUUCUAAGAACGUAAAAUUCCAUAGUAAAACUGGACAGCAAAUCGCAAUUUCAGACAUUCAUCUCGGGAGAACUACUUAAAUUUAUAACAGCAUCAAACUAUACGGAAAGGUGUGCUACAUAUUUUACUAUUUAUUCCCCAAAUUUGAAUAACACCCCGUAGGGUAGGAUUGUCGGCUGCAAAUCAGCAUGCUGGUGUGCACGAGGAGCUUGAACGUCAUUUUCUUAGUAAUUCGUUUUUCAAGCCCCCGUUAAAUGAUUUCAACCGAUGUUUUAAUGGGUUGCGGUUCACACAGGGCUGUCCCGAGAUGCACAGUGAAUUUAAAUGCUGAUAAAGCCGGGGUGGCUAGAUCGCAGUUGGUUGCCAGGCCCUGUAUUACAGUUGGCUAGGGGUUUUUUACUGGGGUUAUUGUGUGGUGUUCCAUAAUCACAUCUGACCCAUUUGGCUUCUUGAAGAAGGAGACACGAUCGCCGGGACAAGAGCUUUAUUAGCCUGACGUUUCGGAUUCCUACUCGAAUCCAUCAUCAGAGACAAAAGAGCAGAAACGGGUGGUUGUUGCACAAGGGGCUGCGGUAUUUAUAGGAUGCAGUAGCCAUGCUACCGCAUACCUAUGAACGUUCACGGCUCUCCCCUUCAUCCGGGAUUGUCGCACUUGGUGUGAUCAUUGCUUGAUGGCCGACAUUCGAGUCGAUAAUUGCUGCAAUUUCAUCACGUGCGUUGGAUGUUGGCGUGAUGAUUGCUCGACCAUCUGACGCAUCGACCCCGGUGUUGGGAAAAGUGUUUACCUCUGCGCUCCCCCAUUUGGCUUCCAUUUUACGUUUGAGGUUAGAACUAGGGAACCGGUUAAUGGUUUCCGAUUUUCGGGUUAGGGUUAUGCCUUUAGGCUUAGGUUUUCGGGUUAUAGUUGGGGUUUGAGCGUACGAUUGGGUUUCAAUAUUACGGUUAGGUUUUUUUCAGUUACGGCUAUGUCUAAGGGCUACGGUUACGUUUACGAUUUUGUUUAGGGUUAGGGCAAGGGUUGCCGUUAAGGCUAACGUUUAAGGUUGGGGUUGGGAUUAGAGUUAAUGUCGCUGUCCGUUUCCCCAUUCCUGGCUACAAACUGCGAUCUAGCCGCCAGGGUUAAUUAUAAACCACUUUGUUUUCAUAAUGAACUGCAAUGUACACACACUGGUUAGUUGUUUUGUCAACGUCUGUUUCCAAUCUGUUGUCCGCUUUGGUUUGGGCAGUCGCAAACGUCAGGAUGGAUCUAAUUUGACAUUUGAGCACUCUCUUGUUUAAUAGUGUUUUUAGGUUCGGUGAUUAUUGCCGGUUGUGUAUCGUAGACUGUAUCUUUUGAAUAUCUCCAUAAGAAGUCUACAUCUGCGAGGUAGGAGAGUACUCUAUGAAACUCUGUCAUCCUGUCCACCCGUUUUGCGAGCUAUCGAAGAAUUAGAAUCAUACAUAGAAAUAAUAGUGUACGGGUACCCAAGCUUAAUUAAAAUAAUGUCGUCUGACUGUCAUUAAUAAUCCCCGCUAGUCAUAUCUAAGAAGAAAAACACCAAGUGAAUCACCAGUUGUUAAGGCGUGGAGACAUUAUUUUGGAAUAUUCUUUGCUUGUGGGAUAUCGAUAACGCUAAGUAGAACUUGGUGAACAUAGGAUAAAAAGGAAAAGAAAAGCAAACACUACGCGUUAUCACGUGAUCUGCAGUCUGCCUGCUACGUUACGCGCAAGAGGACGAUAAAGAUGUACCUUCAAAAAAAAUACUGAAGCACACGCGGGAAAAAAUUCGAUCAGUUAAUUCCCCUGACUCCAAGACUACCAUUACUCUCUCCAGUUUGCUCCUAGUUUUGGCAAAUUUUAUAAUAGUCGUGGAAAAGCGAUGGAAAAGCAAUUGGUAGGGGUUUACUUGCUAAACGGAUUCCGGAUUGCGGUGGUGAAACGAAACUGAAACAAUAGUGCGUGACCAAUCUCAUGAAAUGUUGGCCAAAAUUCUGAAAUGCGUUUCAGAUUAGGAAAGAUUACUUAAGUGGGGUUGUAGUACUGAUUAUCUUACGGCAUAGCCCUAUAACAUUUGGGACUUGAAAGGAUGUCGGCUUUUGAAUGCGCUACUUUGUGACAUCCUGCAGGAACUACACUCGGUAAAAAACGACUAUUUAAGUAGCAGGCAUUUUUUCAGAUUGAUUUCCAAUGGUCUUAUAAAUUCAAAUAUAUUUAACAGAAACCAUGCAUAAAAAUAUGCUUUCUUUUGCUCAUUUGGUAGCAAAUCACAUUGUCUUCGCAUUUUAUGCCCGAAGAAAGUGUACAUUUAGGUUUUAAAAAAGCUUAUAAUUAUGAGAUUUUUAAGACUCUGCGAUGUCCAUGCAUUCAUGACCGCACAUUUGCGUGUACUACUGCUUCUCGUAAAAUGUACAACACAAUCCGGAUCCAUCGCAAAAUUUCAUGAACUCUGUGUGGUAUCUUCUUAAAGGCAUAGAGGAAUAUAUGAUUUUCCUUACGCGGAAGGCAUGCAAUUUGUAGACUUAAAUUGCUAAACGUUGGUGCAAUGGCAGAUCAGGCUGGAAAUUUUUCGGGAAUUGGGAAACUUUCUAAAGCCUAAAUACGCACUUUCUUCCGGCAUAAAAUAUAAAGCCAACGGGAUUUUCUAUCAAAUUGGCAAAAGAAAGCGUAUUUUAUGCAUAGUUUCUGUUAAAUAUAUUUGAAUUUUUAAGGCUAUCGAAAAUAAAUAGGAAAAAUGCAUGCUACCUAAUUAGUAAUUUUUUUACCGAGCGUGGUUCCGUCAGGAGGUCACAAAGAAGUGCAUUCAAAAGCCGACAUCCUUUCAAGUCCCAAGUGUUAUAGUGCUAUGCUGUAUGAUAAUCAGUAUAACAACCCCACUUAAGUAAUCCAUCCUAAUCCGAGAGCCUGGUAGACUUUCUCAAAUUGUUUCGGAAAAGGUUGAGCAGGUCCACCAGCUGCCCUCUGUCACGAUCAUUUCCCAUCGAUUUGUUUCAUCUCUGCAGACUUUUAAUCUGUUAGACUCCGUGUUUUCGGACAGCAAUGGGGCCCCGAGUGGGACAAACAAGUGGUUGACACGGGGGAUGCGUUCAGGUCGGAGGUAUCGCUUCACGUCAAAUUGUGUUUACGAAUUCACAUGCACUUGUGGAUGCACGUACAUUGAGCGAACGCAAAGGCAACUGGCAGCCAGGUCAUUUGAGCACCUGCCUAUAUGGCUUCCAAAACAGGAGAAUAAGAUUCCACGGUCUUCUAUCACAAAGCACCUCCUAGAUAGUGGUCAUUCCGUUGACCCCAAAACAUCUUUUCGAGUCUUACUUCGAGCACGAACAACUCGGUUACUGCGCUACCUGGAGGCAGCCUGCAUACGGCAGGAGAAACCCGACCUAUGUAAACAGGUAGAUCACGUGGUCAACCUCAGCUUGCCCUGGUAGAUCUGAGCCCCUUUGAUUUACGAAAUCCCUCGGUGUGUUACCUUCCCCGAGUUUCUCUCCUAUGUUGCGUUUUCAAGUUACCGUCUACGUGCAGUGUACGAUGAUCUUGCUCAUUUACAGUGAUUUUCCCUGUGGAAGUUAAAACCUCUGUAUCCUUCUCAUUUGUUAUCUGCAUUAUGCAACGACAGGCUGUAGUUGAUAAUCCGUCGCGAAAUUUACUAGUUCAAUUAACUUCUGCUGUCUAUGCCUGCUUUAAAAAUCUAUGGUUGGCAGGGGGGUGCGUUCAGGUCGGAGGCAUCGUUUCAUCUAUCUGAUUGUCUUGGAGCGGGGAGGAGGGGGUUUGCCCAAGCAUGCGUUGGCACAUGGUCGGCCGGUAACUCCACAUAAGCGAGACACUUCUUGUCCAGGACAGAUGGACCAUUAAUUGACCACGUUUCCAACGUCCUGAAACUUGUGCUGAUCUUUCUCACAAAUGCCAUGUUACCUUGCGGUGUUGCGUGGUGAUCGACUGUGCACUGUGUAUCAGUCCAAAUGCGUGACCUUCUGACAUGAGUUUGAAUAAAAUGACUCUGCAAUGCGCCCUUGUUGCGGCUGGUAUUCCUUCUCUUUUUUCUGGAAAGCCCCGCCUCAUCAACAUAUUAGGACUAUGUUGAACAGAGGGCUCUCCAAGCACGACAACAAACGCUAUUGCGAAUUUUUUACAUCUAUCUGAGCCGACUAUGUGAACGUUUACUUAGGGCAGAUUUUGAGGGUGCGGAAGGUCAUCUUUUGUCGUUUAUUCACUGUCGAUUUUCCGAACAGAGUCCAAAUUUUGGUCCUGGAACUUCCCAUCCUAAACUGGACUAUCCAGAGUUGAAUUUGCGCUCUUGUUAAAUCGGCCUUUUUGCCGGAUUGCCUGUCAAGUGCACUAUGUCUUUAUGCCAGUUUACGUCUUGCCGCGAUGCUACCAACAGAGUCUUCAAUUUGAUCCUAAAUGUUAGGUCUUCAGCUAACAGGAAAAACUUUUACACCUCCAUCCCCACUUUAUUUCCCUCAAGUGCUUGGAUGUGUCGAAUCGCUUUGCAUCGGCAAUUGCUCGCAUUCACAACAGCACUUCCGAGAACCACGUCACAGGCUCUGAUGACACUACUCCCCUGAAUGGUGACAACGGGACUUAA